CGAAAUGGAUGGGUAUGAAGGUGGUGCUUUGGGUCAUAACGGUGAUCAUUUGCGCAUGUGUCAUUUUGGGAAGUAUGAAUUCAACCCAAAGUGGUUCAUAGCACUUGGACAUUAGGGUCCACAGCGGUUUUUUAAGUGCAUAUGAUUCGGUCAGAACAAAGCUUAUCUCACUUAUCAAGCAAGCAGUUGGAUAUGUAGAUGAUGGCCUUGAACCCACUUCCAAGUGGCAUGUUUAUGUAACUGGCCAUAGUUUGGGCGGUGCUUUAGCUACUCUCCUUGCUCUUGAGUUAUCAACAAGUCAACUGACAAAGCGUGGAGCUAUCUCUGUGACUAUGUAUAAUUUUGGAUCUCCCAGAGUUGGGAACAAAAAAUUUGCUGAACUGUAUAACGAGAAAGUCAAAGAUAGCUGGAGGGUUGUAAAUCACAGAGAUAUAAUUCCAACAGUUCCACGUUUAAUGGGCUACUGCCACGUGGCUCAACCUGUUUAUCUCACUGCAGGAUAUCCAAAAAAUGCAAUGGCUAACGUUGAACCAUUAGAAGAUAGCUACCAAGCAGAUGUUAUUGGGGAAGCCACACCUGAUGUUAUUGUCAGUGAAUUUAUGAAAGGCGAGAAGGAAUUUAUUGAGAAAAUAUUGAACACGGAGAUCAAUUUUUUCCGAGCUAUUAGAGAUGGGAGUGCAUUGAUGCAGCAUAUGGAGGAUUUCUAUUAUAUUACCCUCUUGGAGAAUGUGAGGUCAAACUGCCAGAACCUUACAAUCACGUGAAGAGUUGCUGUAAUAAUGGUUGCAGCAGGUGAGAAGAGAAAACUAGCCGUAUUUCUAAAGCUUAUAAUGCCGUCGUACCUCAAAACAGGGGGGAAUGGGGUUGCAAAUGGGUGUGUUGGGACUGAGGCUGAUAUAUAACAGGUGCCGAAAUGGACAGAUUUGGAAAUCGGCGUUGCACAUUUUUCAUAAAAGUCGGCAUUUGGGUCUACCAUUGCGCACCCUCAUUCGGGUGGGCAUGGUUCCGGUUCCUAAAAUGGAGGAAACAGAACUAGAACCUCUUGGGACCAUCCGGUUCCACCGAUGGUUCCCAUUUUGGUUCUUGUUUUGAUCUGUUUAUUAUUUAAAAAAAAUAAAACAAAAACAACUUA